GGGAGGAGAAAUGUAUUGAUCUCGCACCUCCUCCCUCUCCCCCGCUUCGGUAGCCAUUAUUGGUGCCCGUAGAGCGAGUGCUGAGAUGGCUUUGAGGGCCUUCUUCCCCCUCUGCAUCGCUCUCGUGGUGACGCUCUCACCUCUGUGUGGUGCCACUUCGCCUUACUACACCAUCACACCGCCCACCCCCGUGGCCAAGCCGCCUUCAGUUGAACCACCACCCUACCACGGCCCUCCGACGACCCACCCUAAGCCACCGAGUCAUGGUGGCCAACCUCCGUCCCACCAUCACCCAACACCAAUCUACGGUGCACCCCCUCCGCAACACCACCACCACCACCAACACCACCACCAACCUGCACCACCAACUCACGCAGAACACCCUCCGUACUACCACAUGCCUUCCCCACCGCCGCAUGGCCAGCACCCGUCACCACCGUCACAUGAUUAUCCCGUACCUCCUGCUCACAAGCCCAGAACUCCGCCGCCGGUUUACAAGUCUCCACCACCGACCCACCGUCCUUACCCUCCAUCGACGCCACCCCACCAUCCGACGCACCCGCCUUCUCAGCCGACGCCGUCAUACAAGGCCCCGCCACCAUACAAGACCAUCCCUGAGCACUCUCCACCGCCGCGUCACUAUCAUUCUCCGUCUUCGCCACCCCCACCACCACCAUACAAAUAGUCUCGUUUGCCAUCUCUCCGUUGAAGAUGACGCAGUGUCGUUUAGUAGCGAUCAGGGUUACAAAUAAGAGCGAUGUGCCGCCAUUGUAAUGCUAUGGUUGUUCUCUCUGCUUUCCGGAGGAAGGUUUCUUGGGUCCAUGUAAACCUACCUCUCUCUUAAUGUCAUGCAUCUUAUUAUAAACAAGACUUGCCAUUAUUAGGUGUCGACGACAUAAA